UGUGCGUACGAAGUUCUUGUUUACAUGUAGAUACACCGAUGUAGCCCACAAUUUAACCUUAGCUCUGCUAUCACUGUUAUUGGAAAAAAAAACUAAAACAAACAAAAAUAUUGCUAAACAAUAACACGAUUACAGCCUCUCACUUUUCAUAACAAUUGACUAACUGUUUUCGCUGGAACUACUUCUGAAAAUUCACGAGCAGGCCGGGAUGCCUCGAGUUUUCCAGAGUCGCUCUCUCGUUUCAGCUUGACGUUUUGCUUCAAUGGUAAUGCAGCGGAUAGUUGGUAGCAAACCAGAUGGGAUUUUGACUAUUUUUAAAAAUUCAAAUAAGGACUUAAACGUUGGGCGUGACAGUUGCAUUCCACGUUUAAUGUUAUUUCCUCAGAAACGGAAAAUCGUCUCGCUAAAAAUUUAACCCGACCAGCUCAACGGUUCCUGCCCCCUCCAGACUGACUAGGUCGGUCUGCGGGUCAAAUUCUCCGGGGCCCUGAAUCCGGGCGGGUUUCCCGGCUCCGGCCCCGUAAAGCGGGCGGUAAGGAAGAAGUUUUCGCAGAAGGGAUGGCCCGGUGGGUCUGUCCGAACCCAGGGUACUGCAGUUUUUGAAGGAGGACGUGUCCGCAUAGAGCCUGCUCGGGGGGUAGCGGCUACCAUGGCCUCGUCCCUUUUCUCGGACAGACUGACAUCCUCAUCAAUAACAAGGAAAAAGAAUGAGGAGAUUGCAGAGCUGAUCGACUGCUUCUCAAAAAUCCAGUACCGAGCUAAAGAAACGAACUCAAAGGUGGAGCACAUUGAGAAUCGGUAUUUGGAGUUGUUUGGCAAGGAUUACAAAUACAGUAUAAUUCACAAUGCAAAUGGGGAGGUGUGUGGGCAUUACCCUCGGAAGAUCGUCUUUUUGGAGUAUGAGAGCUCUGAGCACGACAAAGGCAGGUUUGAGAGCACAGUGCAAGUUACUAAACUCCAGGACUUAGUGAAUCGCAGUAAAAUGGCUAGGUGUCGAGGGAGGUUCGUCUGCCCAGUUAUCCUGUAUAACGGCAAGCACAUCUGUCGUUCUUCCACAUUGGCAGGAUGGGGAGAGUUGUAUGGACGAACAGGUUACAAUUACAUCUUCUCAGGGGGCUUGGAGGGUACAGGGGCCGUGUCGGAUGACGUGCCUGAUGAGGAUGAAAAUGCAGUGCGAAACGGGGAUUCUCAACUGUUUGACAAAGUCAGAGGUCAUGACAUCAAACUGCUCCGAUACCUGUCUGUUCGGUACAUCUGUGACCUGAUGGUGGAAAACAAGAAAGUGAAGUUUGGCCUGAAUGUAACUUCCUCUGAGAAGGUGGACAAGGCUCAGCGCUAUGCAGACUUCACCCUCCUUUCGAUUCCAUAUCCAGGAUGUGAAUUUUUUAAGGACUACAAAGACAGAGAUUACACUGCAGAAGGUCUGGUCUUCAACUGGAACCAGGACUUUGUGGAUGCCCCCCUAACAAUACCAGAAUCCCUCAGCAAGAACUUGAAUAUCAACUGGAGAGAAUACCAGUCAUGGGACCUGGUGAAGCAGACACAGAAUUAUCUAAAGCUGCUAAUUCAUAUUAUCAACAUUGAUGAUGAAAGUGGUUUGCUAGUGCACUGCAUAUCUGGCUGGGAUCGGACGCCUCUGUUUGUUUCUCUCCUGAGACUCUCACUUUGGGCAGAUGGUAUGAUCCAUGCUACUUUGGAGCCAGCAGAAAUACUGUACUUGACUAUUGCCUAUGAUUGGUUCCUUUUCGGACACAUGCUCCCAGAUAGAUUGAGCAAAGGAGAGGAGAUUUUCUUUUUCUGCUUCAAUUUUUUGAAGCACAUCACCUCAGAGAAAUUCUCAGCUGUGAAAAAACAGAGGCGGAAAAACUCCCACUUCAAAGAUACUGAUUUCACAGUAGAAGAUAUCUGCCAGUUAAAGUGGAAAGAUCGGGGCAGCGCCACCAGCCUGAGCAGUGACUUCUCCCAGAUCCAGGAAGACUCGCCAGCCGCAAUGGGCAGCUUUAACUAUGAAGGAGUGGACCUGAUAUCAGCAGGGCCUCAGGCACAGGCUGCCUGGAGGAAAGGAAGGACAUCAUCUCCCCAGAAUGUGUUGUGGAGUAAACACCACCCGUUAGAAGAUAAGCCCUUGUAUCCAGGAGUGGUAGAGGCCAAGUCCUCCAGCUCUUCCUCUUCGAACCAGUCUGAAAACAACUUUGUGAGGCCAGGGAACAACCCAUUGCCAGUGCCAGGGGGAAGGUGCCCACCAGUCCCGGAGCGACAGGCCAGAUUGGAGAUGGUGCGAGAGGUAUUCCUUUCUGCCUACAGUGCCACUGUGGGGCUGAAAUCAUCAGCCAGCCCCUCUGGAGCCAUCACUGGUCUUCUGGAGCAGUUUGCACGUGGAGUGGGACUGAGGGGAACCAACAUGAUAGUCUGACACACAAUGGUAUUUUCUGAUACAAGGAAACAAAAGCAAGGGCAAGACUGACCACACACACAAAAUGGUGCCAAACAUGGCUUUUAUUAUGCAGGGGUUAUUAUGUUGUUUCUCAAACAACUGGUAUGAAGUCUGUACACAGCAGAGGGGAAUGUGUAGUAUCGGUAAAUCAUUUGUUGCUCAAUUGUAAUUCACAGUACGAACUGUAGAGGUAUAAAAGGAUCGCCUUAUAUGUUGUUGAUUUUAAAGUUCACUUGCCUUAAUUUGAGGGGCCCUGUGCUACUGCAGGCAGUGUUGUUUUGAAGAGAUAAAAGUAUUACAUCUGUGUUUGUGGAUCUCACUGCACAUUUACGUUAUAGAACUGGAAAAGUUAAAGAAAUCUUCUAUUAAGUAAUUAGCAAGUUUUAUAUGAUGACUUCAAAAUUCAGUGAGCAAUUGGAAUGUUAGGUUACUGUCCAUUGUGCUUGCUCAAUUUAAAAACAAUGAACUGUUGAAUAAAAAAAAAAAAAAACCUGUAACUUGGGAAGGCUGUUAGCAUUCCACAGCAGCACUGAAUUUAUCUGACAGCUUUGGGAAAUUAUUUAAUCUCAAAGCCACUGUAUCAAAUGCCAAAUAUCGGUUCAAAUGAAGCCCCAUGGGAGUGAAAUGAAGAGCUAAAUAGGUCUAAAACAUACUAAACAAUUUUAUUGCAAAAGAAAAAGUCUGUCUCCUUCUCGUCAAGUGGUCUUUCGGUGUAGACUGGACAGACUGGUUUGUGCUGAAAAAAAGUGUUUAUUUGAUUUAGUAAGCUCUGGUAUGUUCCGUCCCUACCUUUUCAUAAUUUAUAUAUUAUCCAACAUUCUGUAAAACGAGUGCAGGGAGCUGUUGCUUCACAGAAAAAAAAACAUCUUUCUGCUUUGAAAGCUUUCCUUGACUUGCACACCCAAAGGAAAAUGCAGUCAAAUCCUAAAAAAGUAACAGUUUGGAGUGUUAACAGGCAAAGUACACAGACUUGUAUUUUAAAUGUAGGUUAAUGAAGAGACAUCAGUUUACAGACCACAGAAUCUAGGUCAUGCUUACCCUGGGAUUGCAACUUUCAACUGCGUUUUGUAAAUUCUCCAGAAGUGAAUAUUGUUGCACAGUCUUCUCCCUGUUUCAUAGUGGCUUCUGUGGUCUCCUCUGUUUUUCUUCUCGAGUUUAGUGAGCAUUAUUUAUUUAUUUAUUUAUUUUUUUGGGGGGUGGGCCAGAGUUUGAUAUUUAAAAUGCAAGUGGGAGGAAAAUACAAUUCAAAUUAAAGUUAGUUAUACAUCAUUUUUCCAGUUAUUUGGAAUUAGCCAGAAAUGUUCUUGGUUUAGUCAUCUUUAUUACAAUAAUUACUUUAUAAAAGCAGUAUGAAUUAAAUUUGUACUCCACAUAAGGGAAACAGUGUUGUUAAUUGCACUUGUCAGUUACAGGGGAAAUGCAUCCAAUAAUUGAACUUACUAAAAAAAAUUCCAAUAUAAGAUCUGAUAGUAUUCCUUUUAUUAAAAAAAACAAAAAAACAAAACUUGUUUUUUGUUUGUUUGUGUGUGUGUGAUGUUAAACAUCCACAGGUGGUAGUUCCCUGAUGAUUUGCCCUGGCCACAUGCUUCAGGUUAAGAGUUUCAUUUCCACCUUCUGUGUACAGUAACUGUUAAAAUAAAUUAACACUUUGUAAAGAAGGAAUGCAUUUUCUUGUCUCAAACCAUUUGGAUUUGUCAUCUACUUUAUAGGACCACAUGUAGAAUUUGUGAGAGAUGUGUUUUGCAGUACAAGAUAAGUAGUGCAGUUUUGUUAGUUGUCAGUAACGAGUUCAAUUGGAAUCCAGGCGCUCUUAACGUAUGUAUGUAACCAGUCAUAGUGCAAUCCCUAGUUUACUCUAAAGGUUUAUAGCCAAUUGCACCUUCAAAAUAGACCACUAGUCCAAACUUUGCAGUGCAGGAAAAACUUAUUAUAUAUUUUGCUACUUUAUUAAAUUCCUUUUGCUUUGCCAGAAUCCACAGUCCGCCCCUGGAGUUUUUACAGGAAGUAUUUGCUAUGCAGUGCAAUGCAAGUACUGGUUCACAAUACUUUUAUAGUGUAGCCUUCACUUAUCUGUUUUUCUUUAUUACUUAAUUUACUAUUGAAUCUAUAGUACCAGUCAAAUGUUUGAGUAAACUUGCUGGAAACUAGGUUUUUUUCAUAAUUGACAAUGUU